AUGAAGUUGCUGCUGCUGCUCCUGCAGGUCAACGUGAUUAACAGCUUCCAACAAGAAACUGAUGAUUGUCCUAAUCACACAAAGAGAGAGAGCCACCAGCCUCUGCAGCGAUCCAAGAGAAGAUGGGUCCUUACCACCCUGGAGCUGGAGGAGGAAGACACAGGGCCCUUUCCCAAACUCAUUGGUGAGCUGUUCAAUAACAUGUCGAGUAAUAUGUCACUGAUGUAUUUAGUCAGCGGACCUGGCGUGGAUGAAUUUCCAGAGAUUGGAUUAUUCUCUAUAGAUGAUCACAACAAUGGAAAGAUAUAUGUUCAUCGUCCUGUGGAUCGAGAAAUGACGCCGUCUUUUAUGGUUCACAUUGAUGCUGUAGAUCGUUCCACGGGGAAAGUUGUGGACGAAUCCUUGAUUUUCAACAUUAGGAUCAGAGAUGUGAAUGAUCACGCGCCCCAGUUUCUGGAGAAUGAAUUUAACAUCAGUGUGAAAGAGAACCAAGCUCCAGGUCAACCUAUUUUUCAGGUGUUAACAGUUGAUUUGGAUCAAGAAAACACUCCAAAUUCUCAAGUCCUUUAUUUCAUCAUUUCUCAAACACCGUUACUGAGAGAAUGUGGCUUCCGGAUUGAUCUCAUCAGUGGGGAAAUACGACUUUCAGGAUGCUUAGAUUAUGAGACUUCUCCUCGGUUCACACUGCUAAUCAAAGCAAGGGAUUGUGGGGAGCCACCCCUGUCGUCCACAGCCACCAUCCACAUCACCGUGGAAGAAGGCAACAACCAUAUGCCCACGUUUACCUGGGACCAUUUUAAGAUUCAGAUUUCUGAAGGUCCAAUGGAACAGGGCGUGCUGCGGCUUCCAGUGGAAGAUGGAGAUUCACCAUUUACACCGGCUUGGAGAGCAAAGUUGGACAUAGUGGAUGGUGACAAGGAGGGACAUUUUGACAUUGUAACUGAUCCUGAGACCAACCAUGGUGUGUUAAAUGUUAUCAAGCCUUUGGAUUAUGAAACUCAGGCGGCUUACAACCUUGUCAUUGCUGUGGAGAACCAGGAGCAACUCUUCUCCUGUGAGGAGGGCCGGCUACAGCCGUGGAGGAAGGCGGUGGCCAGCGCCACAGUGAGCGUGCAGGUGGUGGACACCAACGACCCACCUGCCUUUCACCCCCAGACCUUCAUCGUCAGCACAGAGGAUGGAGCCAGGCCUGGGAUCCAGCUGGGAGCUUUCAAUGCUACAGACCCAGACAGCGCUGCUGGUCAGAUAAGAUACAAACUGGUUCACGAUCCUGCAAACUGGGUCACCGUGGAGGAGAAAUCAGGAGUGGUCACCACCAAGGGUCAAAUCGACCAAGAGUCCCCUCAUGUGAAUGACAGCUUUUACCGCAUCAUCGCCCACGCCACUGACGACGGCCUCCCGCCUCUGACAGGGACAGGGACCCUGUUGCUCUUCCUGUCUGACAUCAACGAUAAUGCACCAGUACUCCUGUCCCGUUCUCGCUAUGUGGAGGUCUGUGAGUCUGUGGGGAACAAAUCCCUGCUCAUAGAGGCCGAGGAUGCUGACCUGGACCCCUACUCUGACCCCUUCACCUUUGAUUUGGACACUGCACGGGGAGAUGUGGAAGGCACGUGGACACUGAAGACAAAGGAGGGUAAGGGUCGCUCUGCUGAACUUGUAAUGCUGAGAAACCUCCCACCUGGGAAUUACUUGGUACCUCUCUUCAUCGGAGACAGACAGGGCCUCUCCCAGAAGCAGGUGGUCCAUGUGAGGAUCUGCUCCUGUCCAGGUGGAUCUGAGUGCGAGGAGCUUUCAGACACGAGGCUCCCUUGGCAGGCCCUGUCCCCUGUCUGUGCAGCGUUCACGGCUCUGGCAGCUGCCCUACUUUUCUUACUGCGAUGCUACUUUGUGUUGGGAUCCAAGAGGCUCAGAGGCUCCAUCCCCACUGACAGUGGCCACCAGACCCUGAUCAUGUUCAACGAUGAAAGCAAAGCCGUCUCAGCCCAGGGCUGUGGUGUUCUCUUUGAGCAAAGAGAAGUGAGAAACAGAUCAUCUACUCCUGUCUACCUGAAUCCCCUGGUGCCCACACACGCCCUGCUACUGAUGGAAGAAAGGACGGCUGAGAUGUGGAGUCAGAAGCUCCGGUGUGUUGACGUCCUGGAAGAUGACUCACUGCCUCAUGUCUACAGCACGGAGGGGGAGUGUGAAGGAGCCGAGACCCUCAGCUCUCUGACCUUCUCAGAGCAGGAGCUGUCCUGAGUUGCUGGACUGCUGGGCUCAAAGUCUACUCCACUGGUGGCGGAAGACUCGUGUGUGUUCCGCAUUGAGAAUUCCUUCCAAACACUAUCUGUAAGCCAGCUCUUCCCCAUCCUCCAGACCAUUUUCCCAGGCUGCAGACCUGAUGUUCUGGCAGCACGUGUGAAGGACAGCUCUGCUGCCUCCUUGACGGACGCCUCGGACAUGUGA